AUUCGGUUCGGAACGUAAAGGCUUCGGCCAGCCAGCUACAUGUAUUUUAGCUUGCCCCUCUUCUAGUAGUAUUUGAGCAACUUUGCUUGCCAUGGCCUCUAAAAUAAUAUAUGAUCGCGUUUUCUCUGGCAUUCAGCCUUCUGGGAGACCUCACAUUGGCAACUAUCUGGGUGCUUUGCGGAAUUGGGUCCGUUUACAAGAUCAGUCGAAAUCAGCUUUCUACAGUGUGGUUGAUCUGCAUGCGCUGACUGUUCCACAAGAUCCCGUGGCGCUCAAGUCCAGCAUUCAUGAUGUCGCAUGUGUGUUGCUGGCAUGCGGCUUGGACCCCAAGAAGAGCGUCAUAUUCCCCCAGUCUAAGGUACUGGAACAUACCAAUUUAGCAUGGCUGAUAAUGUGCCAUACAUCAUCAACUGGCCUCAAUAGCAUGCCACAGGUCAAGGACAAAGCAAAGGACACGAUUCCGAAGAUGGGCCUCGUUACCUACCCACUCCUCCAAGCUGCUGAUAUUCUCCUCUACAGGGCAAGUCACGUACCAGUCGGGAAAGAUCAACUUCCUCACAUGUUCCUUGCUAAGUCGAUUGUCACAACACUCAACCAUUCGCUACAGACGGAUCUGUUCGUCGAACCGGAGUCGAUUAUUGAGGAGAGUGCAUGUCGAGUUUGUGACUUGAAGGAGCCGGAGAAGAAAAUGAGCAAGUCGGCCCUGAAGGAUAAUGCCUGCUUGUACCUGGACGAUACGGAUGAUGAGAUCUUAACAAAACUCAAGGUGGCCACCACGGAUUGCCAUGGUAUUAAGCUGUCCUAUGAUCCUGAGCUGCGUCCGGGUGUCAGUAACCUUCUGACGUUACAUUCAGCCUUCUCCGGCAUGUCGUAUGAUGAAAUCAUUGCCUCCAGUGAAGGAAAGAACACAAUCCAGUUCAAGAGAGAGGUAGCUGACCACAUCAUAGAGCAUGUGCGCCCAAUCAGACAAAGACUGGAAGCUCUUCGAGCCGAUCAGGGCUACGUCGACCAAAUCGUCACCGAAGGCACUGAAAGAGCUCAGCAAGAAGCGAGCGACAUGUGGUCCAAGGUCCGCACACUGGUCGGCCUGCCAUGAUCUGGACAAGGUGGCUGUAUUAUCAGUUGUCUAUGACUGCAGCUGCUGAUGAUGAUGGUUACUGGAACUGGGUUGCUUGCCCAAGCAUACAAGCAUACCCCAUAGUAUGUUCUGCAUCAACUUGAUGAGGCUCCCUCUACACUGUAUGUGACACUGCAGGUAUCAAUCACAUGCAGCACAGUUGCCCAGCAGAGAAAGUGUGCACAGUUCAGCCCAUUCGAGAAGUCUCUUCUGCUGGAGAAGUCCCUUGCAGCCAUGGCCUGUCGUCGGUACUGCUAAUCUGUUCUACCAUACCGAUCGAUCUUUAUUUUGCAGCUGAGUUCUAUUGCUGCUACAUGGCCCUACGUUUCAGCUGGCUGAUUCUGCCUUGAGCAAUCCACCUACAAAAUUGUAGUCUGUGUGUGCUGUGCACACUCUGGUACUAGGAACUCACAGAUUUGGGACUACAUGUAUGCUGCAUCUUCUGAGAUUCUUUACGCCAUAUCAGAAUCUAA